UGUCCACCAAUCGCGAGGCUCCUUCCCUGUUCUCACCAAUUGCUUGCGAGAGGUAUUAACUUGGUUACCGGUCUGCAAACUGUACGUCGUGAGCUCAGGGGACGCGCGCGCGCUCGCCGAGGCGCAGCUCCAGGAGGUGUCACACAGUACGUGGGGCGUCUUGUCUAGGGACACGAUCUGACACCACAGACUUAUCACAAAUGGUCUCAAUAUAUAGGGAAGCCGUCGUGGAGACCGACUUACGUUCAGAAACGGCUUCCAGCCUUUCGUAGCGGUGAGACAGCCCCAUCCCCACCCCGCUUCCGAACCUGUUUUUGACACAACUAAGGCAAAGCGUUCACUGGCAGCGUUGGGGAUGAGUUGAAACAUUUUCUGUAUGCAAAGAAGCCUCUUUGUCCUGAUGUGUUCAGAGAGGCUAUGGAUCAGUCUGGAGUUCUCCUCUGGGUAAAGGCAGAACCUUUUAUAGUAGGUUCCUUGCAAGUCCCACCUCCAUCCAAAUUCAGUCUUCACUACCUCAGGAAGAUAGCCAGCUAUGUGAGAACUCGGGCCACAGAAGGCGCCUACCCACGCCUCUACUGGUCUACAUGGAGGCACAUCGCGUGUGGAAAGCUGCAGUUGGCUAAGGAUCUAGCAUGGCUUUACUUUGAAAUUUUUGAUAGUCUUUCGGCAAGAACACCCGAGGAGCGCCUAGAAUGGUCUGAAAUUUUGUCCAACUGCAUCACUGAAGAUGAAGUUGAAAAGCAGAGAAAUCAGCUUUCGGUAGACACUCUGCAGUUUCUGCUCUUCUUGUACACCCAGCAGUUAAACAAGAUCUCCCUGCGUACUUCAUUGAUUGGGGAAGAGUGGCCUAGUCCCAGAAGCAGACCUCAGUCUUCGAGCCUGACUGAAAGGCCCAGCCAUCACAGUAAGAAUUGGGAUGACUACAGUCACCAGGCUUUUGUCUGUGAUCAUCUGUCAGAUCUCCUCGAGCUGCUUCUAGAUCCAGAGCAACUCACUGCUUCCUUUCACUCAUCCCACAGUAGUCUGCUCUCUCGAGAGGCUGUCAAGGCCCUCAGCUUCCUCAUCGAAGGCACUGUGAGCAGAGCCAGGAAGGUCUAUCCCCUUCAUGAGCUCGCGCUGUGGCAACCACUGCAUGCAGCAAGUGGCUUCUCAAAGACCUCGAAGACUUUCUCUUUCUGCAAGCUGGAGGCCUGGCUAAGAGCCUGUUUGACUGUGAAUCCAUUUGGUCCAUCCGCUUGCCUCAAAUCUGGGAAGAAGUUGGCCUGGGCUCACCAAGUUGAAGGUACGACCAAAAGAGCUAAGAUUGCGUGCAACACUCACGUGGCCCCUCGGAUGCACCGCAUCGUGGUGAUGAGCCAGGUUUACAAACAGACGCUGGCCAAGAGUUCAGAUACUCUAGUGGGAGCACAUGUCAGGAUUCAUCGCUGCAAUGAGUCUUUUAUAUAUCUGCUCUCCCCCUUACGAUCCGUGACAAUUGAAAAAUGCAGGAAUAGCACGUUUGUGUUGGGUCCUGUGGCGACGGCUCUUCACCUACAUGACUGUGAGAAUCUGAAAGUCAUUGCUGUCUGCCAUCGACUGUCCAUCUCCUCCACAACAGGCUGCACCUUUCAUAUCAUGACCCCUUCACGCCCACUUAUUCUCUCUGGGAACCAGAGAGUAACUUUUGCCCCCUUUCACACCCAUUACCCACUGCUGGAGGACCAUAUGGCCAGGACUGGCCUUGCUACAGUGCCCAACUAUUGGGAUAACCCGAUGGCUGUGUGCAGAGAAGGCAGUGACACCAGAGUCUUCCAGCUCCUGCCCCCCUGUGAAUUCUACAUUUUUAUUAUUCCCUUUGAGAUGGAAGGGGACACAGCGGAGAUCCCUGGGGGUCUCCCCUCUGCUUACCGGAAAGCACUGGCUCAGAGGGAGGAGAAGAUCCAGAUCUGGCAGAAGACCGUGAAGGAGGCUCGCUUGACAAAGGAGCAGAGGAAGCAGUUCCAGGUCCUUGUGGAGAACAAGUUCUAUGAGUGGCUGAUUAACACAGGACAUCGCCAGCAGCUGGACAGCCUCGUCCCACCUACAGCAGCCUCCAAACAAGUGGCCGGCUAGGACCCCUCGAAACCACUGGGCUCAGAAAAGGUGGAGCAUGGUGCCCACAGAACACUGUACAGGAACGGCAUCCUGGCUGCCUGGGAGGCCUCGAGGCUUUUCUCUCUGUCUAAGACCUUCUGCUGUUCCUGUUCUGUAUUGACUUAGGUUGAAUUUUAGCCACCCUCUGACUUUCAUAAGAGCUUCUUGCUGUAGAAGGUCAGAAGACUCACGCGUGUCAGGCCCGAAUGGAACCCUGAGCAGAGCAGUUUGUGUGCACGUGUCCGAGCGCUGAGGAGUACAGGCUCACCAGCCGACUUCACACGUUAAUCUGUGCCAUGAAAGGGUUCUGUCCUAGUUAAGAACAUCGCCCAGGUGUGGUGGCGCAUGCCUGCAGUCCCAGGACUCCAGAGGCAGAGGCAGGAGGAUCUCUGUGAGUUCCAGGCCAACCUGAUCUACAUGGUGAGGCCUCUGUGUCUCAAAAAAAAAAAAAAAAAAAAAAAGGAAAGAGAAAAAGAAAAGAAUAUGGUUCUUUGUAACUAUUUAAAAGAAAGUUCCUACUCCCAUUUUAAAAUAGUGACAGUAUGGUCUGUCAGUAUACAAAUAUAACAGAGAUAGUUUUAUAAAAUGGUAUUUUAGGCCUUAAAGUAUAAAACACAUGAAAUUGUGUAAAUUUUUUUAUUUUUCAUUGCUUGCUUCAAAUUUCAA